AAAACUAUUUAAGGAAUUAAAAGGUCACGACCUGCUUGGUAGAAACUUUUUUCAAAACAAAAAACAUGAAUGACCGGGGUUCAAGUUCAGCAUACGCUUUGUUUACAGGAGCCAAUCAGGGGAAUCAAUUUGUAGUGUGGUUUAUAAGUUGCCUUCAGGAUAAACCGUUGUAAUAAUCCUUUAAUUGGAUUCCUCCGGGGAGUUAGGCCUUAGUGUGACUACUUUAUAGUCUAGUCAGUCUUAUCCUAUCACACUUGAUGCUGUAUUGUAUCCACUAUAUACGUAUAAAGCCUACGGCUGUAGUUGUUUUCUAAAUAUUCCUAAAGGGAGGUUUAAGUAUAGUGCUCAAAAAGUACUACUUAGUGUUUUAUGGCCUUGUGUUUUCCAACUUUUAUAUUCGUAAAGGGUUUUUCUGCGAUAUCUGCACAGUCUAAAACGCAGUCUGUAAUUACUGUAUUCAGUAAAGACUUAUUGAAUGGCCUGUAUGUAGUAUUUUACAGCCACAUGUAGUGCCCACAUUUGACCAGCAGAUGGCGCCGUUGCUCCGUUAGAUGGCUCCAAGCGUGAUACAACUACAAUGUAUUGACUAGGUGUGUUUCUGCUAUUAAAAUGCAUUGUUAUGUUGCAUCAAUUACGCUUUAAAUUGCAUUAUUUUAUGUAGCAAUGUAGCAGAUUACCUAGUCAGCAACGUUUUUGCACAAUCAUUUAAAAUACUUUUUUUCGGUGUAUUUUGAAAUCAGCAGUACUUCCUGGACAAUGACAAGCAUUGCAGAGUGCGUCUCCAGAAAGCUUGCGCACCGUGCAACGCCUGUCUUCACGCAGCUUUCAGCACAAUCAAGGACGUCAUCUCGCUCCUUGAGAAUUUCUCGGAAAUUGUGCUGCAGCUCGUAGACUAGUCUUUUUUUAUUUUUUUACUAAAUAUAGUUAUACAGUAAACAAUGGCCGGAGUUACAUCGCUGGAGGCAGUCAAACGAAAGAUCAAAUCUUUGCAAGAUCAGGCAGACAGUGCUGAAGAGAAAGCCGAGAGAUUACAGAAUGAGUCGCUUGCGCAGAGGAAAGCCAGAGAACAAGCUGAGGCAGAUGUCGCUUCCCUUAACAGACGUAUCCAGCUGGUUGAGGAGGAGUUGGAUCGUGCUCAGGAGCGUCUGGCAACUGCCCUGACCAAGCUGGAGGAGGCUGAGAAGGCUGCUGAUGAGAGCGAGAGAGGCAUGAAGGUCAUUGAGAACAGGGCCAUGAAGGAUGAGGAGAAGAUGGAGCUGCAGGAGAUCCAGCUCAAAGAGGCCAAGCACAUCGCUGAGGAGGCUGACCGCAAAUAUGAGGAGGUUGCCCGUAAACUGGUCAUCAUUGAGAGCGACCUGGAGCGUACAGAGGAGCGCGCUGAGCUGUCAGAAGGCAAAUGCUCUGAACUUGAGGAAGAGCUGAAAACUGUGACCAACAACCUGAAGUCACUGGAGGCCCAGGCUGAGAAGUACUCCCAGAAGGAGGACAAAUACGAGGAGGAGAUCAAGGUCCUCACCGACAAGCUGAAGGAGGCUGAGACUCGUGCUGAGUUUGCUGAGAGAUCAGUAGCCAAGCUUGAGAAGACCAUUGAUGACUUGGAAGAUGAGUUGUAUGCCCAGAAACUGAAGUACAAGGCCAUCAGCGAGGAGCUGGACCACGCCCUCAACGACAUGACUUCCAUGUAAUUUUCAACUUGCUGUGUCUGCUUGUUCUGCCGUUACCCUCUCACCCCCUGCAUCUCUCAACCCUGUACACAGGCUACCUCGCCUUUAUCCCCUCCCUUAUAUUACCUUCUACUAUCACAACACGUACACCCAACCCUUGUAUCUGUUCCUACACUUAGUUAUGCAGCCUUGUUUUUGUAUCGUCUUAAGGUUUAAUGUCUUAAAACAGACAAUGUGCUAUUCCGUGUCUGUGUGAUGGAAGUCCACUUGACAUAAUUACAACUUACUCUCAGUGGUUUCCUCAUUCAUACUUCUUCAUUAGUGUGGUUACGGUGAUACUGGAUGCCUGUUGUAUCAGUAUCUCUGGUGUUUGAGAAUGCUGUAAACUAGACUGAAGUAAUAAUAUGCAUUUUUCGAUUUAGUCUAUACAGUUUUAUAGUAAUUUUUAAAUAUUCAUGAUAUUUUUAAAUCCUAAGCAGUGCAUGCAAGUUGUACAACAUUGAAAUGCUGUAAUAGAAAAGCAUUUCAAUGAAUCUGACUCUAGCUUAAAAGUUCUGGUUUCCUCUUUCCACUUCUACUAACAUGGUCUACUUCAGUUCAGAAGAAAGGCCCCCCCUGUGUGGUUGUGAAGUUAAAGGUUAACUCUUAUUGUUUAGCAUCACUGUGGUUGAGCCCCCGUUAUUGCUAAAUUAGUGUUGUCCCUCAACAUUUGGCCUUUAUGUGGGAGAACAAAAAACGCAUUGGUCCGCCUAAGCAAAAAGGUCUCAGAGUUGGUCCGAUCUCCGGUUUGCUGUGUAGUGCCGUGUCUCCUGUGGUUCUGAUGCAUUGUGAUGCACAUCUCAAACUCUCGUAGGUCCCUCGCCGACCCCCCUGGUUCACUGUACCUCUUCUCUCCCACACAGAUAAAUAUUUCACACCUCAUCAAAGACGUCUCCUGCCGGCUGAGCGGCAUCUGUCUGCUCUCUCCAGCCCUCUUUCAUCCCUCUCUGUCUUUGCUUUCCUUUCCUCAUCAUGUUUUCAUCCUCAUGUCAAAGUUAAUUGCAUCCCAUCACUUGUACAGAAUCCUAGAAUCUUUCUGCAUUGUGUAAAAAAUAAAACGUCCUUCCUUCUAUGUAAGCUGUAUCUCUUUACUCCUUUACUGUCCUUUUUUUUUGCUUUUUAAUUUAUUUAUUUUAAAUUGGCUCUAAUAAAACCAGGAAGCCUUGCUUUUAAUUUAUGUUUUUCCGUUUUCUUUUUGCAUCUCAACCAACAAUUAGUUUAGCUUUACCCUGCUUUCCUUUGUUCUUGUUCUUUUUAUUUCCUUCAAAUAUUGUUCCGUGAAGCUGAGAUAUUAGGAAUAUCACAGUAGUGCUAUGAGCACAGAAACUUACAACAAAUUCAGGUACUUGACAGAAAGCUGAGCCAUUUGUCUUCUCUCUUAACAUUUGAGCCUGAUGCAUGCAAGCACUUUUCAACAUGUAGUACUGUGACAGGAGGAGCUGACUGGAAUGAUUUGAGAAUUGUAGGGAAUUAGUGUUAGAUUGUUAUCAGGAAGAUUGUGGUGAAGAAAAGAGUGUAAAGGUAGAGUACAGAACAGUAUGUAAGAUUUGUUGAGCCUCAUCUGGUUGCUGGAAAAAUUGGAUGAAAAUGCCAUCAGUGAUAAUGAGACAUGAGACAUGUAUGAUACACAGUAUCCUGUCAUCUAUUUGAAUAAAUAUACAAUCACA